AUGGUGGAUAUAUCUCUUGAGUCUGUGGAUGGUGAUGCCCUCCCCAAGGACUUGUACCUCUCCGUCCGGGUCGGCGACCAGCAAAAGUUCUCCAAGGCCAACAGUGCCCGGACCUACAAGUUCCCAGCUCCUGAGCGACGCUACGGCAAGCUGGAGAUCUAUCGGCGUGUGGGUGUGUCGAGUUUGAGCCUUGACGCGGAGCAUGUGCAGGGCAAGCACGAGUUAUCAGUGGAGGUGGACGACGAGAGGAUCCCGAGCAAAGAGGUGAAGUACCACAUGUGCUUGGGAUCUACCGGUAGCCUGCCCACUUCUCCCUCCCAGCAGGCCGAGGCAGCCAAAACAACAGAGAAGGUGACCCAGGCACGCGAAUACCUUCAACACCACCAGCUGGAGCAGCGCUUGUCUGAGGCCAUGCAGGCUGUACUGCGAGAGCGCCCGGAGGACCCUGCCGCCUUUAUCGCCCAGAAGCUUCAAUCCAACGCGGGCGUGCUGAAGCGGGUGGCGACCGCGGUGGCCCCACCGGCGCCACCGGCCCCCGUGCCCGCCGUCACCGUCACGGCCCCGGUCGAGGCAAAGGCGCCGGCCGAGGCGGCGCCGGCCGCUCCGCCGCAGCCCGAAGCGGCCCCACAGCCAGCCCCCGCUCCUGAAGCAGCCCCUGUGCCCGUGGCCCCCGUGCCUCCCGCGGCGGCCCCCGUGGCGGCCCCCGUGGCGGCCCCCGUGGCCCCGCCGGCCCCGCCGGUGCAGGGCACGCCGGUCUCGGCCGCCGCACCCUGCGAGGUGCAGCCAGAGGUGCGGAUUGAGCUCAGCUUGCCCGUGGACUACCCUUACCCAUCCAACAGCUUCGCAGAUCCCAUCUCCACGGCGACACUCAUGAUCGGCGAGAACAUGUGCAGCUUCGCCAACGUCGGACGGCCUGCGGUCAUGAUCUUUUGA